AUGUCUUUGAUUCUUUUGGCUCUACUGCUGAUGAGCGUUGGAGAUUGUGUGUACGGUAAAAGCCAACCAGUCACUCGUUACAUGAAGCAUCCUCAAGAACAGUUCUGUUCGGCAGAUUUUGGUGAGUGUCUUUGUUAACCUUCUUGUUGUCCGAGGCAAUGUUUUGAACUGAAGUAAGCGGCUUGUCACGUUAUUUUAAAAUACCCAUGACAGGGUCAAUGGUCAAGGACUCGAAAGACGGAGAAAAUCAAAGAAAAAUGUCACAAAUGUCAGGAAAUGAGAAAUAAAGCAAAUGGGCACGAAUGACUGAUGCGGAUAAUACACUGAAAGCAUCGUCUUUGUACCGUUAAUAAGAAAAAUUCCCGGAUAGUUUGCCGACUGUUUUUUCUCUUGUAAGCAUUAAAAUGGAUUAAGUUUUUUUUUCUCUUGCGCGCAAUAACAGGUCAUAACCUGGAUAAUAAUCCUUUUAUUUAGGAUCGGAGAACUAUUGGAAGAUUUUUGUUGCUCGUCCCUUUUCUCGGCCUGGAACCGAAGAGUUUCUUUUUCCGGAGCCCAGUAACAGCGAGCCAUUAUUUUCUAUUAGGUAAAAAACGAAAGAAAACGUAAAAAAGAAUACACGAGAAGUUCCUGCGGAACACGUAUUCCUUCACAACGUGAGUUCAAAAAGGAUAUCUCGUGAUCUCGUCCUAGCGGAAGCUGAAUCACACACGCCCCCCGUCCCUCUCCCCCCGGGCACCGGAAACAAGGAGAAAAAAUGCUAGUCUGUGAUAAACACGCUGGACUAACUCGUGCCUCGAACCCCACUGUCGUCCAAAGUUUUCGGGACAAUUUUUCAUCAAGCUUAGAAAAGGAAGACAACGUUUCAUGAAAUUUCAACGAAUCUUUAAAAAACAUAAUGUAAAACAACCAGGAAAACAACUAAUUCUAGUAAAACAUUUUUUGUCACCUGACGACUCGAAAGGCUGGCAAUCUUGGCGCCUACUCCGACUGCUUCUUUGUAUCUCUAGGGUGUAGCUUACUCCCCGGGAAAACCUCCCAUAUAAGAGUAACGGGGGGAUGCUCCUAAAGGUGACCAAUCUGGUGUGGCUUAGGUUUUAUUUGACCCUAAAGGAAGUCAUGAUCUACAAAACUUUGACGACAUUUGCCCUUUUAAGUAUGGAUAUUUCCUUACGCACCACCCUAAGCGAUACCUUUACGGCAAAAAAUGUUGGCUUCAGAUCCUAAGUGAGACCAAAUUCUGCAAUUUCCACCCCUCGUAUAAAGCGAGUUGACGAGCAUCCCGACCACUUUUAUCUGGAAGUACCACCCUCUUCCCCCGUAUUUUUAUAAUUGUACUUGCCCAUGGCAGAACAAACAUACUAUGGUGAUGAACCUCUCCAUUUGAGCUGUGUGAAAGUUGAAAAGCAAUGCCCUGUCAAAUGUACCUCAACCAGUUUGUACUAAAUCGUGUCCAGUGUGAUGGGGCGGCUUGUUGGUGAAUCACGUACUAAUAUGACAAUAUGACGUUUGGCACCCCCUACAGCGAACUAAAUUUGUGUUGGUGGUGUGAGACUUCGCUGAACGGAAGAACCAUCAGAAAUUUGAUGAAAUAUCAGGCGUCAACCGUACUUCCUUAUAUGGAUACGUUCUAUUUUGCAAAUAUUCUUCUUCAACUCCAGGCAUAUCAAAAAGUGAAAAUUUAUCUGGCCAGCCUCUCAUUUCUCCUUAAAAUAUCACUUCUCAAUCAUACAAUAAGGUUAUAAGAAGAAAAGAUUUGAUCACCAAAGAAAAUAGACUGCGUCAGCAGACGCCGUUUUCGGCGUUUUUUCCACACGCCGAGAAAAUUAAAGAGCGACGUCUGUUUACGGCUGGAGAGAAACGAGGCUUUCGCAGGCUACAAAGAAAAGACGUCUCUUGAUUUAUGUUAUAUUUAUACAAUAUAUUGUAACUUUAUCUUAUUACCACAAUUCACUCUUCUUUUCCUUUAUUCAGUUGUCCACGCCAAGGUGUUACCCAAAAACCACUCAGAAGACGGCGGAAAACAUAAGAUUCGCGUUUAUGAUCUUAAAAUCCUAGAAAUUUACAAAGGAGAAGACCUGCUCGAAAACCAGACGAAAAAUGUUGAAGGCAACAGUUCUGGGAAAACCAAUUUGACCUUGGAAGUUUACGUUGAUAGGAAAGUGUUAAGAAGCGACGCCAAGACGGAAUACCUCCUGUCAGGACUAAUCAAAAAUGGAAAAUUUCACAUGAACGAAGGUAGCUGGAUUGAAGAAUGGACCAAUGUUACGCCCGCGUACAAACUAGGAAUCAGCGGAAUCUAUGGGCAAAACUGCGAGUGUCAUAUUACUCCGUGCUUUGGAAGACCAGGAUGCAACAGGCCCCUUAAAGGAUGUGAUGUUACGCCACAAUGGCUGGGGUAUUUUUAUAGGGGCUGUGAAUGGCUCCAUUCUCAAUGUUUGAAGAACCACGGGACGAAAAAUUGGAUUUACGACACUUUUGACACGCGUCAAAAGUUAAAUCAAAUAUGGUACUGGCUUUGACGUCACUUUUGACGCGCGUCAAAGAUGUCGCCAAAUAUAUAACCUCUGUGCUUACUCCUUUGACCUCGGUAAAGGUGAAGUCAAAUUGGUAACAACUUUGACUUCUCCUUUGACGUGCGUCAAAGAUCAAGUNCGUCACAAUUGGCUUUGGUUUUACUUCUGAUUGGAUGAAAAGGUGGCGCGAAUCUUUUAAGCCAAUCGCAUCGUGUAGAAAGUGCAAAACCAAUUACUUUUCGACACUCAAAUGAAAACCACUCUUAUUAUUCAAUCUUUAACAACCCCCACAUCCAAUAUUUUCCAAUUUUCCCCCUUUUAUACUACUACAUGAGAAAUUUCUGCAAUUUGAUUGGCUUAGAGCAGUGGUAUUUCAGCUUAAUUUGAAAUACCUAGAUGUGAAAAUUACAAACCUCUUGCGGGUAGUAGUAUAAACAAAUUAUAGCAUGAUUUGUACGUGAUAUCUGGCAUAAAUAACACUCAUGAUAUUUCAAAAUUCUCUCAAAUUUCGUCUAACAAAUUUGAAAUAUCACUCGUGGUAUUUAUGCCAAAUACAUUAUACAUUAACAAAAAAUAGCCCUGGGGACGAGGUUGAUAUCAUUUACAUCAUGUGUAAUUAUUAUUUUUUCAUCCUAGUUAUAACAGAGAAGUGACUCAAGGUUGUCAUAAUUUAAAAAUCUACGUGAACAACACAGUUUUUGUCAUAUUGUCAUGGUUUUCAAGUUCCACCAAGUAUGCAGUUGAUUAUUGGAUGCGUAUUUGAUGUAGGCGAUCAAAAAUUGUGACUCUAUGUCUGCUAUUUUAUUAAUUGUAUACUCAUUUUGACUGUGACUAGUAAAAGCUAACUUGUGAUGUUUUGUCGUAAAAUAAGCAAAAUCAAUACAGUGCAGUGGUAUUUAUACUCCUAGUGUAAUCGAAUCUCUUCGUGCUACCACCUCUACUAAGCAACCACUUAUAAAAAACACCAAAAUAUUCCCAGUGAUAAGGUUUAAAAAGAAUUCUUUCGAGCCGUUUUAGAAAUAUACAAUAAAGCGCUAAAAGUCAAAAUUUGGAAUAAAGUUGCAUUCAAACAGAAGGUGGGAAAACAUGUUAGUUUUCAGGAUCAUAAUAAAGAAAAUACACCAAAAUUUCCAUGCAACGAAUGUGACAUUAAGCAGCCUUCUGAUACUACUUGAGAUUAAUUUGAGUUAUUUAGAACGUUUUCAUUGAACAAUUCAUCACGGCUAUCGAAAAUAUAAGGUUUGAAAUAUAUUUAUGUUUUAUUUGAAUUCAAACACACAGGAUUUUUUACUUCUCACAGAGGUUAUUUGCUAACACCACAUUUUAAGUUCCUGGUGUCGGAUUAUCAGUAGCAGGUCUAGAUCGAGCGAAAUUCGGAUUAAAUCGGCUUCAAAGUUUUUUGUUUAUUGUUGUCAUAGAUCGAUUUUACUAAAAACUUCAUUUUGACAAACUUCAAUUCAUAGUCAAUCACUGUUGAAAAUUUUGUGGCGAUCGGACAAGGAUAAAAUCACUUUUAAGGCGAUUGAAAAACAUCGGUAAGGUCUCCGAGAAAUUGUAUCGAAACACCUCAUCAAAAUUCUCAAGCUAUUCAUUUUUAAUCAAGCAAAACGCGUCAUAUAAGCGUACACUGAAAAUUGACCCUGCAACACCCAAUGUUACCUUUUGAUAUUUCUGGCAAUUAAAAACAUUUCAAUUGUUUAUGGAAACUGGCGUAUUUCGUUUUAAAUGCCGUCGUCUAAACUGUAAUCAGGAGCAGAUAUUUUUCUGAUCUGCAUGCAAAACGUGCCUGUGCCUUAUCGUUUUUCCUCGUGGUAUUUUCCAAAAUGUAGAAAAAGCUGGUAUUAAAAACAAAGACACCCAAAGGGCCGAUAAGUAAACCCAAAUUAAAAGACCGUAAAAGAUAAGAUAAAGCUCGACAAACGUAGAGUUAAACAUAUCCCAGCCAGAAAAAUAGAUAUUUAUAGCAAACAAUUUUUCCCGCCUGCACGUACAACUUCUUAUCAAAGAAGAAUUUAGCAUUGAAUCUUCAGCAGUUAAGUGCGCAAUGUUGACUUAGAAAUUGUUUCUCAACGGAUAGAUAUGAUAAUUGGUUAUGAUACGCACGCCGCGCCGCACCGCGCCGUAACGCCCCCAAUGAUCAUGAGCUAUCCUCUGCAUGAUCGUUUAUCACUCUCGGAAAGAUUACGUCAAGAAUAUCAUGACGCCUUUAAAAAAUUCUGAUAUCACGUUUCAUAAGUUCCUACAAAAGGAAGAAGCGAACUCUCUUAGUUCAGUAGUUUUCAGUUUCGUACACUGUCAGCAAACCAAGAUGCCGCUACUAAUGUACGCCACGCUGAUCCUGAGUACUUUGGCUACUUGCAACGCGUGUUCAUGCCAGCCAGGUCAUCCCCAAGAAAAUUUUUGUGAUGCGCAUUUUGGUGAGUUCAUUCACUAUUAAGUUCUGAUACUUAUCACGUUGCAGCAAAUGGUCAUCUUUGAAGCAAGCUACCAAAAUUGAAGUGCUAUUAUAAGUAUUCUCACCGAUUGGCAAGUGCACGUACUUAAAAGACGCCCUUUGUAGAAAGAAACGCGAAAGACCUCUGGAAGACCUCCAGCACCCAAGUUUUGCCCAUUGCAGUCCAGUGCAGAGAGGAGCUUUUGUGAAAUUUAGCUGAGACAAUAUCAUUCCUAUAGUUCACUUUCAGUAGCAAAAUUUUAAUUUAGGUUCAUCGAAAGAGGGUAUGAAGCAACUUCUUUGGAAAUUUUAUGUCAAAACUAUCCAGACUUUUAACAGUGCCUUGUAGUAUUAGGAUAUCACAUUGUCAAUAUUAACCUCUCAUCUCCUGUUUUAAAACAUUGAUAUGUUUAAAAUUCAGUUGAACAUAACAUCACCAAUUGCAAUUUAAAUAUAUGAUUAUCGUGAAAUCAAAGUGCGUGAAGAUGACCGAUGAAAGUGGCCAUGAAUUACAAAUAGGUUAUGCCGUGUAUUUAGGAGAAUUUAUCCGCUGUCGAGGAAAAAAAUGAAGAAAGCAUUACGGCGAAGAUAUCCGUUUGCUUCUUCUCAACAAACUCACGUGAUAGCUAUAUAUUCAUAGUGUAUGACUCAGUGCCGAUGAUCUAAAUCACUGCCAGGAAAACCAAACGGUGUCAUAGAUGAUAGUUUCCCGUGCAGUUUCUCCAGAUUUAGGUAGACCUAUUGCAUUAUAUUCGCCGCAAAUCGACAGGAUUCACUGAGGAUUUCCUUUAUUUAUUGCGACACAGUAGGGAGCUAAUAUAUAAGCUGGAAAUGAACCGCAGCAGCUUUUAAUAGCAGGAUUAGAAGAAGACAAGGCAAGAGAUUACCUCACAAACCCAGAGCAAGUGAUAAGUUAAAAUGAAAAAUUCUUGCCAAGAAAUCUUUUUUUUAACCUCCGGGCCACUUUACUUUAAAAGUUUAUAAUGAUUCUGUAGUAGUACAGGUAUCUCCGAUCAUCUAAGNAAUCUCAGACAUAUUUGACGACGCCUUUGAUAGGGGUACAAAUGCUAAUGAAAUAUACCUUUGACGCGCGUCAAAGGUAGGGGUUAAAGGCGUGACAAAAACGGCCUUUAUCGCCUGAAGACGCGCCUUUGACCGCGGGCAAAGGUAAACAUUUGUCGCGCGUCAAAGUUGUACAAAGCUGUGCAAAGGUGGCCUUUAUCGCGCGUUUGACUUCACCUUUGACGUUCGGUAAAUCCGUUUUUUCGUCCCGUGAACAGAGAAAGAAACGAAUGUUACUGGAGUAAAACCGCUGAUUAUAUUGACUGCAUUAACCAGCUGCCUUAG